AGAUCCGGACAGCGGUCAAGAUUCAGGAAACGGAAGCGUAGCGGUCAAGAUUCGGGAAGCAGAUUCGAGUACCAGGCGGUAUCGUAAAACACGAACAUUUGAAGAUGGCGUGGCCGAUGGUCAAUCCUCUCAUCCCACCAUUCGUUGAAGACGCAGAAGGGAGCGUAGCCAUUCGCUGGGAGGAAUGGAAGAAGCAAAUUAACGCGUAUGUAGAUUGGAGAGGUAUUGAAGACCACGAAGCCAAAUUCAAAACCCUGGCGUUAUUCGGUGGACCGGAUAUACGGAGAAUUAUUGACCAGAUCGAUGUGGACGAAAAUCAUCUGAUCGAAAACCGAUACCAUCUGGCUAUUGAAACACUGGAUGGAUAUUUCAUUCCCCGAAUCUCCAUCGCGUUCGAGUUGCAGAAGUUCCGGCAAGCGUCUCCGUUACCAGGAGAAAAUAUUGAAAAAUUUGCAUUUCGACUCCGGAAGCUUGCUGAAAACUGUGAACUUGGCGAACAAUCUGAAAAGUUGAUCGUUAACCAGAUAAUGUCGACCACGAAGGAUCUGAAAUUAAAGGCAAAAAUUCUGAAGAGUGAUUUACCCUUGAAUCAAGUUAUUGCUGCAGCUCGUGCUCAUGAGUCGUUGCAGUCUCAGUUGGAUCAAUGCGAAACAAGCGCAACUCCUUGUCCGGCGGAAAGCGUGCUGAAAAUCAACAAAAUGAACCGACAAUCGAAUGAAACAUUGAGGAACUACAAGCAGGAGAGGUGCCCCCGUUGUAACGGACGUCAUGCAUUCAGAAGCGACAACUUUCCUGCUAAAGACCAGAAAUGUCGUAUUUGUGGAAUAGUUGGACAUUUUGCCCGUUGCUGCCGUCAGAUAAGGAAACAUCGCAACUCUACCGAAACCACCAAUUCUAACAGACCAAGCAUCAGGAAGAAGCAGUACAUUCGAGAAAUUGAACGCACGGAUGAUGGAGCCCAUACAAUGGAUGCAGAAGCGGAAACAUUCGAUCUUUUCCAUCUGGACUCGAAGAAACGGACAGCGACUGUUUGCAUCGGUGGAGCUGCCAUGAAACUCAUCAUUGACACUGGAGCAGAUGUUGACGUGCUGUGUGAUCGCGAUUGGAAAACCUUAAAGGAAACCGGAUUUAUGGCGUUUAGCGUGAGAAAGGGGAGCAAGAAAUCGUUCCAGGCCUAUGGAACCAGCAACAAUCUCAAGGUCCUUGGAGAAGUUGAUUCGGAAAUCACAUGGAAAGGGAACACCGUUGAAACUACACUGUACGUUAUCGAGGGAGGAAAAUGUUCACUCAUGUCCGGAGAUACAGCCGAGAAAUUGGGAUUACUGAAGUUCGUACAAGCUGUGGAUAAUGUGGCCUUUCCCCACAUGCAAGGUAAUGUUUAACUAAUUUGUAAUUCAUAAAUCAUAGAUAUAACAAUAAAUUUACUGAAUGGAACAACAUUUCUAUUAGGGAUUGUGGCGAAUAUAAAAAUUGAUAAAACAGUCUCUCCAGUUCGACAAUCAAUUAGACGUAUUCCUUUUCCAUUAGAAGCAUUAACCUUAAAGAAACUUAAGGAACUGCUUGCUCAGGACAUAAUUGAAAAGGUGAGCGAAGCUUCUGAAUGGGUCUCACCCAUGUUGGUUAAACGGAAGAGCUCGUCAGAAGUCAGGAUCAUAAUAGAUUUGCGUGAGGCUAACAAAGCUAUCGUUCGAGAAGUACAUCCAUUACCUACCAUGGAACAAAUGACAUGUAAAAUUGGCGGGAACAAAGUUUUCACGAAACUUGAUGUGAAACAGGCAUUCCAUCAAGUAUUAUUACAUGAAAAUUGCCGUUAUAUAACCACUUUUAUAUCGCCUCUUGGUUUGAUGCGAUACAAACGAUUAAUGUUUGGCCUAUCCGCUGCACCUGAAAUUUUCCAAAAGGUGAUGGAAACCUUAUUCGCCGAUAUGCCGUGGCUCAUCAUUUUCAUUGAUGACAUAUACACUCAGGCAAAUAAACCUAAGAUUAUCAUAAGGUCUAACUUAUGAAAUGGCCUUUUAACAAUUCAUAACGACUAGAUUGAAUUUCAUAAGGUCGGUUUAUGACGCAGAAUCGACUCACUGUUUGGCUUUUAUACAAAUUUAGCAAGACGAUAUUCUCAAGCGUCGAUAGCCGCGUGGGUUGGGCACGAGCUCAGUGAUCUCGACGUUCAUGGAUCGAUUCCAGUCUGCAUCAUUUUACGAUUUUUCUGCUCUUUUCAUAAGUUUAUCUUAUGUAAUUAGGUCAUAAAAAGCAUGUUCAAUUUUCAUAAGGUAUUCUUAGGGCAUCCAUACUUUACAGUUAUGGCUAAAUUUCAUAAGGUAUUCUAAUGAAUUUCGGUAGUUUACUUCGCUGAGUGUACUGAUACCGGCUAAAAGCAGAGAUGAACUUCAUCAACGAACAAAGGUUGUGCUUGAACGUCUCCAUCAACACAAUGUUUUAUUAAAUAACGAGAAAAUUGUUUCAAAUGUGGAAGAAAUAGAUUUUCUGGGCUAUUUGAUCUCCGGUAGCGGUGUUUCUGUUUCACCAAAGAAGUUAGAAGCAGUACAGAAAAUGGAACCGCCACGAUCGUGUGCCGAAACUCGGAGCUUUCUCGGACUUGUAAAUUUCGUUCACCGUUACGUUCCUGACAUGGCUACACUCACAUUUCCGCUAAACAGUUUGACACGGAAAGAAUCCAAAUUUAUUUGGGAAGCUGAGCAUCAGGAAGCGUUUGAUAAAAUCAAAACCAUAUUACUGAAACAUGAGACUCUAGGAUUUCAUGAUCCUAGUGAUGAAACAUUCAUAAUUGCCGAUGCCAGCCCUGUUGGAUUAGGUGCAGUACUAGUACAAAGGCACAAAGGAGAUCAUGGUCGUAUUAUUUGCUAUGCAUCCAAAACUCUUUCUCCUGUCGAAAGGAAAUAUGCUCAAACGGAACGUGAAGCUCUUGCCUUAGUUUGGGCCUGCGAAAGAUUCCAUGAAUAUGUCUACGGUUUAACCUUUUGGUUGAUCACAGACCACAAGCCGCUGGUAUCGAUAUUUGGAGAUCGCUUGAAGCCUUCGCCUCGAAUUGAGAGAUGGAAGUUGAGAUUGAUGUCUUACGAUUACAAAGUCAUGUAUCGUCCUGGAAACAGUAACAUCGCAGACGUACUCUCUCGCCUUUGCCAACGUGUUUCCGAUUCCGAUCCAACGUUUGAUGAAGAAUCUGAAAGGAUCGUGAAAAUUUUAGCCGUGGACACAUGCCCAAGAUCGGUGUCUUUGGAAGAAAUUGAAUCAGCUACAAAAGAUGAUAUUGAAUUGCAAGAACUUAUUCGAUGGAUACCUUACCCGGCAAACCGAUGGCCGAAAACAUUGUCCAGAUACAAGAAAAUUGCCAGCUCCUUGAUGUAUGAUGGAAACUUGAUAAUGAAGGAUCACAAAAUUGUUGUACCAAGAAGCUUACAAACAAGAACUCUACAGAUAGCUCAUGAUCCUCAUCUGGGUAUAUCAUCGAUGAAACGACGCUUGCGCACAAAGGUUUGGUGGACUCACAUGGACAAAAUGGUGGAACAAUUUGUCCAAAGCUGUUCCGGAUGCCUUCUGGUUUCCGAACCCAAACAUCAACCUGUUUCCAGAAUCGAAAUGCCAGCAUUUCCGUGGCAGAAGCUGGCUAUAGAUUUCAUGGAAAUACCUGGGGGAAAUCACUUGCUAGUGAUUACUGAUUAUUUUUCGAGGUUUCAGUAUUUCAUAAUAUAAUACCUGUUAGACGUUUAUAAAUUUAAUUUUCAUUUUCAUAGAUAUAUUGAAGUAGCAAAUCAAUCAACAAUGACCGCAAAUCUCACCAUAACCAAGCUUCGAGAAACUUUUGCCCGUUUCGGUUACCCAGAAGUGAUUGUAUGUGAUAACGGACAGCCUUUCGCAUCGGAGGAAUUCGCAAGAUUUUGUUCAGUUAACGGCAUCGUCAUUCAGCAUACUGUGCCAUAUGCUGCUUUUCAAAAUGGUCUGGUAGAAAGGCAGAAUCGAACCUCUUGAAAACCAUCCGAAUAAGCGUCGCUACUGGGAGAAACUGGAAGAACGAUCUUCAAGAUUUUCUGCAUUCUUAUAGGGCUACACCACACUCAUCAACACAUUUUAGUCCCGCAGAAUUAUUAUUUGGGUGGAAUAUUAGAGAUAGACUACCACCUAUCAGGAGGAGCGUUGAUGUAACAGAAGCACGAGAGAAUGAUAGAAAUUCAAAAGAAAAAGGCAGGUUAUACACUAACAUGAAGAAACAUGCAAAGUAUUCUAAGAUAGAUGUAGGCGAUCAUGUUCUUGUGAAGAACAUGUUGAGAAAGAACAAGUUAACCACAAAUUUUGCGUCUCAGCCACAUAUUGUGCUUCAGCGGAAUAAGACUAGACUCAAACUAAAGAAUCUUGAAUCUGGUGUAAUUACAGAUAGACACGUGAAUCAUACAAAAUCAAUUGUCACUAAUAAUCCACUUUUAACUAACUUAACAUCAUCAAACACAAAACUAAGCGAUAAACGAUUGCGAGACGAAGAACAACAUCAAUCGGUAUGGUCCAAACGUUUAAGAAACAAUCGUUCAUAAUUUGUUAACUAAUAUAUCAUUAUUGUUCAUAAACUAUAUUAUUAUUUGUAAAAUUGACAAAGGGAGAGAAUGUAGCAUCUAAGUAGUCUUUGAUCAAAAUGUACAUUGACAAUCUUCAGAGAAAUAAAUUCAUUCUUUAUUCAACCACCAA